GCAACCUCUUUAUCCUCUAGCAUUCUCUCAACCAAGGUUUCAGUUUCCAUUCUGAAUUCGACCCUCCCAUUUCUAGGAGAGAAUAAAAAAGCAGGACCUCGACCAUCAUCCGUAUCACACAGCUUCAAGAACAUUUAUCGUCCAACAUGAGUAUGGAUCGUGAAAUAGUUUUGAGAACAAAACUUCACCAGCUGGAAUGUCACUUCACUUGGGCUCUGAUAAAAGAAGACAUAGAUCUACCUGAUCUUCUUAACAGACUGGAAGAACAGCUUAAGUUGGAUCUUGGAAAAAACAAAGCACUUGCACGUGCAUACAAUGCUAUAGCAUAUGUUAAAUUUCUUCAGGGGUUUCAGGAAAAAGCACUUAACAACCUGAUGACAUCUGUGAAGCUCUACAUAGAGCACCAUGAAGAGGAAUUUCACAAAACUCUCAUUGUCACAUAUGGGAACCUUGCCUGGUUAAACUACCACAUGAAGAACUAUACAGAGUGUGAAAGUUACCUGCAGAAACUACAGACGAUAAAUGAAAGAUAUGCAACUGAGGCUUCAUCUGUUCCAGAGGUGCUUGAUGAGAAGGGAUGGACCUUUCUUAAAUUUUCUCACAAAUAUUACGAGCGAGCCAAAGAAUGUUUCAAGAAGGGUUUGGAGCUGGAACCAGAAGAUAGCGAGUGCAACGCUGGCUAUGCCAUUGCUUUGUUUCGGACAGAAUUUGGGGGCUUCACGUACACAAAUUCACCCACAAUCAAGCAGCUCAGACGGGCCAUCGAUACAAAUCCUGAUGAUGAUGUUCUUAACAUCCUUUUAGCAAUGCGACUGGUUGUAUACAAGAGAUAUGAUGAAGCUGAUAUCUUAGUAGAGAAAGCUUUAGAAAGAUCUCCAGAUCAUCCACACGUCAUGCGAUAUGUUGGGAAAUUCUUCAGGAGUAGAGGAUGUGUGGACAGGUCUAUUGCUCUGUUGUGCAAAGCCCUUGAGCAGUCACCUAAUUCAAGUUUCAUACAUCAUCAGUUAGCUCUCUGCUAUAAGAUAAAGAAAAUCCAACUGCUGCAAGAGGGAAAUCACCAUGCUAAAGCAUCACAGGUUCAACAGAUUCGUGAUCAGAUCAUCUAUCAUUUAGAAAUAGCUACAACCCAAUCAACCGCCUUUAUUGCUGCAAUGAGUGAUCUUGCACUGCAUUAUGGAGAAAAGCCUGACAUUUCACGUGCUGAGGAGUUGUUUCAGAUGACGUUCCAAACAGCCAAAGAGAAAAAUGAUAAUCUAUAUGUAGUCAGUUAUUAUUAUGCUGAAUUCCAGUUGCACUGCAAAAGAUGUGAAGCUUUAGCUAUCGAGCACUAUAUGCAAUGCCUGAAGUUGUGCCCAGGUUCACCUGAAGGGAAGAGAAGUUAUUACAGUUUAAAAAAGAUUGCAGAGCAACGUAUUCGUAAAAACACAAAGGAUGGUGAAGCUUAUGCUAUACUAGGAUUCCUUCACAAAGAAAAAGGAGAGAAUCGUCAAGCCAUUGAGUGCUAUGAGAAAGCUCUGAGUUAUGUAGAUAAUGAUGAGUACCUCAGGAAUCUUUGUGACCUCAGGAUGUCCAUACAGUAAAGUUAUGACAAACUAUAUGCUUAUAUUGCCCCCUGAUGUAUUAGCAUUUUGCUAUAUAUUAUAAAAUAUUGUAAAAAAGUACAUAAUUAGUGGUUACUAUGAAAGUUACUUUCAUUGUUUAGUUCUGUCUUGUCUUAAAAGUUUUUUCCUGCAAGUUAGAUAUAACAAUGCAACUUUCUAUAAAUAUCUUACACAAUUCAUAAAAUUACUAUCUAAAAGACAUAUGUAGAAAAUAAAAUGUGGAAUGCUUAAAUUGUUUAUAACACAAAUAAAAAUGUGCAUUAC